UUUGUGGGAGUUUUUCUGGCAGUGCACAAGGUAUAGACAGGGACUGGCCGAUCCCAGUGCCGAUGGACAUGUGUGUCUGGGGUGGGUUAUCAACGGUCGCGGCUGCAUCCCAUAGGUUUAAAGUAUAGCUCCUAUUUAAAACGCGAUUUAGUCACAGUUCGGAUUUUGCCAGCAGCAGCACGGCAGCGAUAAUCGGAGAUUACACGGCGAAGAUAAUACGGAAUACGCGAGUGAGCGAGUGAAGAUGUCCCAGACCCUGGACGAUCUGCUGUUGCGCCAGGAGCACGCCCGGCAACUGCGCCAGGCCACGCGCUCCAAGUUUCGGCGCAUCAACUCGCUGGAUCUGAUACCGGAGCACCCCAGCCAGUCGGAGGAGGAGGAGGACAAGGAAUCCCAGACGGCCCACAAGCACUUCGUUACCCUCAGACGGCAGCGGACGGCUGAUGGCAAUCUCCUGAGGCAUCAGUUUCAGACGCAGUCGCCACCACUGCCCAAUCUGGGCACCAGAGUCCUGCUCUUCGGACCACAGUUGCUGAUGCGUCUGGUGCUGACCAUCUUGAGAUACGUCCUCUACAUACCCCUGUCCAUUGCGGCGCCCAGCUUCUGGCUGUCUGCCCUGCUCUGGAUCUUUUGGAAACUGCUGCGUGUGCCCAUUGCCCUGGUCAAGUGGCUGCUGAGUGGCGAGGAGGAGCUGGGUGCAGUGCAGCGCCAGAAGACCAUACUCCUCAGCUGCGGCAGCACCAUACAGACCCUACAUUUGGCCAGGAAUUUCUACGGUUCCGGCGCCCGUGUGGUGGUCUUUGAGUUCGAGGGAUUGUUCGGACUGGCCAGGUUCUCCACGGCGGUGGAUAAAUUCUAUUUGGUGCCACGGCCAACGGCCAGUAAUCCGGAUCAGUACAUUGCAGCCCUGUGUCACAUAGUGAAGAAGGAACGACCCUCGGUCUAUAUACCCGUGUGUGCCACCAGUCCGGCAUACUAUGAUUCCCUGGCCCGACCCCAUCUGGAGGUGCUGGGCUGUGCCAGUUUCAUACCUGGCGUGCAGGAAACGAUGCAGCUGGAUGACUGCCUCCAGCUCUUUAGGAGAUGCGAGCAGCAACAGAUGGCACUGCCAGCCCAUGUGGUGCUGACUGCUCCACGGCAGUUGCAGCAGAUCUACGAGAGCGGUUUCGUGGGCAGCUAUAGGAACAUACUCAUGGCCGCCGGAAUGCAGGGAGUGCUGGAGCGGCACAAGUACAUACUGCCCAACAGGAGGGCGGAACUGAAGAUGAACCAGCACGAGAUCAGCGAGAGACAGCCGUGGCUGGUGGUGCGGGAUCAGCCGGGCUAUCACCACUAUGUGACCUGCACCACCGUCAAGGAUUCGCGGGUGGUGGCCAAUGUGAGUUGUCGGGUGGAGCAUCACACCAAGAAUCUGAUACCAGUGCCCAGGGAUGAUGAGGCGCAGAUAGAGCUCUGGCUGCGCUCCUUCUUCGCCAAGGUGCGCUUCCAGAGGCCCAUCAACGGGCACAUAAGCUUCCGGCUGGUCAAGAGCCCCGCCCACGGCGGUCAGUUCGUGCCACUGGGCACGCGACUUGGCGUGGCCCUGCCCUACAUAUGCCACAAUCGAUCGCAUGCCCAGUUGCUGUGCCGGGCAAUGAAGUGCAUCCACAGGCGGGGACUGCCGGAGGACGAUCUGCCCAACUGGAGCUGGUCGGCGCUGGAGAGGAGCACCUCGACCACGGCGCUGGACAAGCGGGAGGCACUGUUCGCCUACUGGGAUCCGCUGCCCUAUUGCGCCUACUAUCAUUUCCAGCUGCCCCUGGAGAACGUGAAGCUGUUUUUGCAGCGCCGGAAUCGCAGCGCGACCAAAAGCUUAUCACCCCGCAUCACGGUGCCGGUUCAUUGAACGGAGCCGCCGGAGCUGGAGCCACAGCAUCAGCAUUAAGCAUCGAGCAGCAGCAUCUAGCAUCUAGCAACCAGCAUCAGGCGUUUCUUUAGCGAGAGAGAUUACACAGACUGAUCAAUAAUGGAAUAUAUAGAAAUCUAUAUGGCAUAUAUACAUA